AAUUUCUCCAAACAUUAUUUACAGUUAAUUCAUUGCCCAACUUUUUAGUUUUUGAACUCAAAAGAUAAUUUCUUAUCUAAACGAAUAAUUUACGGCGAUAUACUUAAGAAUACAACAUUACAUUCGUUGUAAAUCGACCAAUUGAAACCACAACGAUUACCAUGCAUUAUUGAGUUUUCGAUAAGACGGACGAAACGUCAAAGUUGAUUUUUUAGGUUAUGUUAAAGUACCAUUCCUAGAGACGAUGAGUGUUUUCUCAAAAUUUCGCGAUUUCUUGCACCGCCAUCGUAACAAAUUCAUCGUGACUGGUGUCUUAUUCACAGGCACGUUCUUUUUGUUGAGAUAUGCCCAAAGAAGGCUGCGCGAUUGGCAAGAACGCGAGGCGAAAGAAAUAUUGGAGAGAACUCGGAAACAACAACACUUUGAGAGUACCGAACGAACGUGUAAUCAGACGAUUAUUAAUCUUUCUGGCGCACUAAAAAAAUCUUUAACGAAAAUAUUGAAUACAGAUGAUAUAGUUGAUACUUUAAGAGGUAAUCCUGAUAAUAAAGUUGAUUUAUGGGAAAAAUUAAAGAUUCAAACUUUUACAAGGGCAUGUACUGCGAUAUAUUUACAAGUUAUGUUGGUGAUAACGUUGAGGAUUCAGUUAAAUGUGCUUGGGGGAUGUUUGUAUAAAGAUCCAAGUUUAAUAUCAACGGAAUUACAGGAAAAAUAUUUAGUGAUUUGUCAUAGUUUGUUAAAUGGUGGUGUACAAAAUAUUUCUGAGAUCAUUGAGAAGGAGUUAAUUAAGAUUUUACGGCCAAUAAGUUUAUCUCGACAGUUGAAAUUAAAUGAUAUAGAAAAUAUUUUCUAUGCACUACAGACGAGUAUGGUAACCAGUAACAAUAAUCCCAUUUUAAAUUUUAAAGAACAUCUAAUUACAACGGGAAAUAAAACAAAUAAUAAUACCCCAAAUGGAAACGAAUUCUUUAACACCAUGAUUCAAGACACUAUCGAUCUUUUAGAUAGUGAUGAAAUAAAAAAUUUGGCAAAUCAUUGCGUUAACAGAGGAUUUGCACUUUUAAGCGAUGGUAUUUCCGAAUACUACUUACCUCCUCAAAAGGUGAUGGAAUUACCCGAAGGUGCCCCUUUUGUCCAUCCGAGUGAUAUACAAAAACCAAUGGCUAAAUUAAUUCCCAUCAUAAACGGAUUAGUAGGCAAAAAUACGUUCUUUGAUCAACUUACUGAGCAAUUAGUUCUUAAUGCUAAAGUAAAAACGCUCGGGGCGAAUAUAUACGAGUGUUUUUGCAGUACAAAAUAGAUUUUUAUAACAUAUAGGUUAGGUUUAAAAUGUAAAGUAAUGAGGGUUAGAUUAGUGCGUUUUUAACUGUUUUUUUUUUUUUAUUAAUUUAUCUGGGAUAUUAUAAAUAAAUACAUUUUUUGUAAUAAGU